AAGGUGCAAUUAUCGAGUCCAGAGAGCUGUGAAGACCUGGUGCAGAGUAACAUCAGCAAGAACUUGUAUCCCAUUAGUCACCCAUCCCAGACCCCUUGCCGAGACUGGAGACCCAAGAUUCAUCAUCAGGGAUUACCCCCAAUGGGGGUUCUUCAUAGUCACCAUGACUUUGCUCAGAGUGAAGGACUCUGGCUUAUAUUUGUGUAGGAUCUACGAAUCUUCCCAGAUCAUUAAUCUCAGAGCCAUCCGUCUGGCUGUAUCUCCGGCUCCAACCCCGCCCACCACCACGACCACCAAGACCACCAGGACCACCGGGACCACCGGGACCACAGCCGGGACCUCAGCCAUCAGCCCUGUCAUUGACAGCCCCUCAGGCCACGGGAAUGUCAUCCUCAGCGUGAUGGUGGUGCUCCUGCUGCUGCUGGUGCUGGCCCUCCUGGUGAUCCUGUACUUCUGGCAACGGCGACGAGCCAGGGCAGGUGAGGGCAAAGCCCAUCACAUCCAUGGCAUUUCCACCCAUGAGGAUGAGACUGUGCAUCGGACGGAUCCCCCCGCACGUCAGAGGGACUCUCAGCUUUCCUGGGGCUCCGACAAGCAGCUAGGCUCUGGCAAGGACACUGGGGACAUCCACUAUGCCUCAUUUACCCACCUGGACCCCUUCAGCCUCGAGGACCCCAUCUACAUCAACACCCGCCCCGGCCUGAGGCCCACACCUGACCCAUUUCUGACUGUGGAAUAUGCCAGCAUCACUAAAAACUGAGCCCUGCGCCCCAGCCGGCUGCCCAGGAGGAGCCCAGGGUCAGAAGGCAGAAGUCACUUCACAGUAAGCACCUGUGGGAGGCACAGGGCUGCUCUCCCAGGGACGGGUGACUUCUUGUGGCCGAGAUGGUCCCAAACCAUCAAGAUCCAUCCUUCCUGCGGAGGAGAUGAGGAAGGUGAACAAAGGAAGAAAAGCCUUAUCACCCAGAGGAGAGAAGCUUUGAGUCUGAGGGCUGCGGGGCAGAUGGGGACCAAGGGGUUUCUGGAUACCUGCCCACUCCCCUCUGACUGGAGAGGGCCUGGGACCCAGUGCUUCUGAGUAACCCAAUCCUCACCCCC